CAGGAUCUCUGGGCCAGCCCAGAAAGUUCCAGACUCAAGGAGUCAGAGAUUGAAAACACAUGUCUACUACAACUUGUGGAUUUGUGCCUCAAAUGAACUUCAUCUCGAAGGUCGGUACAAGGAGACUGAAAAACUGUUUGGGACUCGGCAUAUUGUUUACUCUUCUGUUACUGUUCAUGGUGUUUGUGAGGUUUUCUGAAAGCCCUCUGAGGAAAUAUCAGCUUCCUCCUGCUGCAAAGCCAGAACCUGGAGACCAUGUAGACACCUCCCUGGAUCUCAGCUCCCGAACCGAUGUGACGACAUCGACGGACUGGGGAGCUCCCAUUUUGUGGGACGGGAUGUUUGAUCCUGACACCUACGACAAGUAUCACCAAAAAAUGGGCACCUCUGUGGCACUGACUGUGUUCGCCGUCGGGAGAUAUCUGGAAGCGUACCUGAUGGAUCUGCUGUCCUCAGCGGAACUCCACUUCAUGGAGGGUUUACCGGUGACGUACUACGUGUUCACCGACGCCCCAGAGAACGUGCCGGGGCUCCAGCUGAAGACUGGCCGGGCCCUGGAGAUCAUCAAGAUCAAGAGGCACGAGCGCUGGGAGGACAUCUCCAUGAUGCGCAUGGAGACCCUCGCAGACGCCGUCCAGACACGCAUCCGUCACGGCCACCGGUACGUCUUCUGCCUGGACGUGGACAUGGUCUUUGCCGGUCGCUUCGGCUCGGAGGCACUCGGGGAGUCGGUUGCCCUGCAGCACUCCUCCUUCUACAACACCCCCAAGGUAAGGUACACCUACGACCGCAACCCCAACUCCACGGCCUGCAUGGAGACUGGGGACCUGUACUACCACGCGGCCGUGUUCGGGGGCACGUGGGAGUCCGUGGCGAACCUGACCGAGAGCUGUCACCGGGACAUAAUGACGGACAAGAGGAAGGGGGUGGAGGCUCUGUGGCACGACGAGAGCCACCUCAACAAGUACUUCUGGCUCAACAAGCCCAGCAGAGUGCUCUCGCCAGAGUACGGCUGGAACCCCCUCAACGGGCCCAGCCGAGAGAUACACGUCAAGCGGCUGCUCUGGGCUGAGAAACACUACAGCAGACUCAGAACCUAGAGGUACCAUGGACCAAAAAUAAAACAAAAAUAAUAUAUAUCACAAAACAAUUGCAAAACAGUGAUGGCCUUCAAUCGAGUAUUGAAACUCUACAGGGCUCUGUUAAUUACAUUUUCGAGGAAAUCAAAAGCAUGAGAGACAAGAUUGCUCAUACAAACACGAGAGUGAGCAGCUCGGAAGAAAAGACGCGUUCUUGAUCUUCCACGCUAUAAACGGUGCUGGAACUUGCGAUUGUCUGCCAUUUCCGAAGUGAAGGGGGAGGACAUUAG